AUGGAACAGCGCGAUUGUGCCGAAUGCAACAAACCUCUACCCAGGAGCCAAUAUUCCAAGAAUCAAUGGCGAAAAGGCCCCGGGGGAAGAUGUUCCAACUGCGUCAACAGUGGGAGCAACAAUCAAAAAGUAAACAAUGAUGGAAAUCAUCUCAAGCAAAUACAGCAACAGCGAAAGCAGUAUUCCGGCCCACCCACUCCGCUGUCCCUGGAUCCUCGACCACAGAUGGAUGUUCCCGGUUUUGAAGGAGCACUUACAGUGUGUACCGAUUGGCCACAGACACGCAAGGGGGAGCCACCCGCUGCUCAAUCGGCAGUAUUCAUGCCUCUGCUAGCCUGUGUCAUUGGACCCGUGGAAGGCCAUUGUAACGCAGAGCAGCUAGAAGUUGCCCAACAAUGGUGGGCGUUGGCGUUACCGGCAUGGCCAAGAUGGGUAGAAUCACUUCGACAGGCAGGGGUGGCAGCACAACGAGAGCAACUGAUCAAGGCAGCCAAGGGACACCCAAAUCCGCUCAUCCACAAUGCCAAAGGACAUGGGACAAUCCCGCAUUUCAAAGGAAAAAUGCAAGUGGAUGCUCUGGAGAAAGAUCCAAUGGUUGCUCUGGAGGUCUACGCUUGUGUUACAUGUCUUUACUCUCAAGCGGCCCUCGCAGCUACUCCUUCAGAAAAUGACCAAUAG